GUCUCAACCAAAUAAGAAAAUAAACCCCUAAAUUUUUAGGGUUUUUCUCAACGAAUUUCCAUUGCAGCAAUUUCGUUGUUGCAGUCUUUGAGAGGAGAGAGAAAAUGGGAGGAAAAUGCCCCCAUAGAAGCGUAAAACACAGAAGAUACUCUCACAAACAACAUCGUCGUUCUAAAUUUCUUGUUAAAGGAGACGAUCUUGUUUACGAUACUCUCCAGAAAACUGAUUCUGAGAGAAAACCGUUGCCGAUCGAUGAAGAUUUACCUGGUAUGGGUCAGUAUUACUGUCUUCAUUGUGACCGUUACUUUGCCAAUGUUACCGUUAGAGAUGAGCACUUCAAAACUAAACGCCAUAAGAAACGUUUGAAGCUGAUGCUCGGACCUGCACCGCACACCCAACUUGAUGCCGAAUUAGCAGCUGGCAUGGGGAUGCCGGAUAAUGGUCCAAAGUUGAUGUCCAUGUGAAUGUUUAUUUCCUCUUUUUGAUUUAAUCUAUCUGAAGAAAAUGUAGGAAGAUCAGAGAAUCAUUUUAAAAAGCUGUGUUAAGAAUAUUUUCAUGCUUUAUUAAUUGCUUGUUGGUUCA